AUGGCUGAUUCAUCUGAAGUGUAUAAGAAGACUUGUCCCAAUGAGAAGUUAUCCAUCUACCUGGGAAAGCGAGACUUUGUGGAUCACGUGGAAUCUGUGGAACCUGUCGAUGGAGUUGUUUUGCUAGACCCAGAAACUGUGAAUGACAGGAAAGUCUAUGUGACCCUCACAUGUGCAUUUCGGUAUGGUCGAGAUGACCUGGAUGUCAUUGGGUUGACCUUCAGGAAGGAUCUCUAUGUCCUCACAACUCAACUUUACCCACCUGCGCCAGACCAGGCUCCAAAGACCCUCACACCCUUACAGGACAAGUUGGUGAAGAAGUUAGGAGAACAUGCUUACCCGUUCACCUUUGAGAUGGCAGUCAAUCUGCCCUGUUCAAUCACGCUGCAGCCAGGAGCAGAUGAUGCUGGAAAGCCCUGUGGUGUGGAUUUUGAGGUGAAGGCGUUUUGCGCUCAAGACCCAGAAGAGAAAAUUCCUAAGAAGAACUCCGUGCGGCUGGUGAUCCGGAAGGUGCAGUUCGCCCCGGCCCUCACAGCCACCUCACCCAAAACUCAAGUCACAAAGCAGUUCAUGAUGUCAGACAAGCCACUGCACCUCGAGGCGUCCAUGGACAAGGAGAUUUAUUACCACGGGGACCCAAUUGGAGUGAAUGUGGACAUAAACAAUACUACCAGCAAGAUUGUGAAGAAGAUUAAAGUAUCAGUUGACCAGCUGACCGAUGUGGUCCUGUAUUCCCUGGAUAGCUAUACGAAGACAGUCUGCUCGGAGGAAUUUGUGGAGAACGUGGCUGCAAACUCCACUUUCUCCAAAACGUUCUCAGUAACUCCCUUGUUGAGCAAGAAUCGCGAGAAGCGUGGUUUGGCUCUGGAUGGCAAACUGAAGCACGAGGACACCAACCUGGCUUCCAGCACCAUUCUGAGGCCUGGGAUGGACAAAGAGGUUCUAGGCAUCCUGGUUUCCUACAAAGUGAAAGUCACCUUGGUGGUAUCCAGAGGAGGCAUCCUGGGAGAUCUCACAUCAAGUGACGUCUCUGUCGAGAUGCCGGUUAUUCUGAUGCACCCUAAGCCCCCCGAAAGUAAGUCUAAUAGCGAUGACGUUAUGGUUGAGGAAUUCGCCCGCCAUAAACUCGGAGGAGAAGGGGACAGUGAGGAGGAGGAGGAAGGAGGAAAAAGCUAA